AUGAGGGUUGCUCAGAUCUAUACGGCUCUGACACCUCUUAUUCUUGCUAGAGAGAUCUUGGCCCAAAACUAUACCAAUGUAACGACUAGUGCUGUACCAAGCUCUACCACUGUCAAUGGCACUGCUGUGGCCAACCCGAGUGCUUUUGUAACAAACUUGCAGUUGUCUGUUGAAGAUCUUUGGGACUUCUUUGUUGGGCCAGUCGACACAGCGAAUACGACUACGACUAUCGAGGCGACUCCAGUGCCAUCUAGCUCUUUGAUACCCCCUCCGUUUAUAGGAAGCUAUGGAUUCCCACCUGGACGUCAAGUACCUCUCGUCACAAAGAACGAGUCCUGGAGCUUUCCCAAAGACUUCUACCUUGGUGUUGCUGGUGCUUCUUUCCAGAUUGAAGGUGCCGCCAGAGCCGAUGGAAAAGGGCCGUCGACGUGGGAUGUGAACAUGCACCGUGUGCCUGGAUUUGCCACCGAUAACAGCACCGGAGACAUCACGGACAACAACUACUACAUGUACAAGCAGGACAUUGCACGCUUAUCAGCUAUGGGGAUUAAUGCCUACUCGUUCUCCAUUGCAUGGACACGUCUCUUCCCAUUCGGUACCGGACCAGUCAACGAACUAGGCAUCGCUCACUACAACGACAUCAUUGAUACGUGCAUCCAAUACAACAUCACCCCGAUGGCUACUUUAUAUCAUUGGGACAUGCCGGCCUUACUACAAAACCAAUAUGGUGGUUGGUUGAGCGAGCAGAUCAUUGGAGACUUCACCGAGUACGCGCGUAUAGCAUACAGUCGUUUCGGCGACAGAGUCAAGCAUUGGUUCACUAUCAACGAGCCAAUCGUGAUUUGUACAUCACAGUAUCCAAUGCCAGCAGGCUAUUGGCGCAAUUUUUCCAUUCCGAACGUCGAGCAGCCAUUUGUUUGUGGUCGAAACAUCUUGCUGGCACAUGCAGAAGCGUAUCGACUAGGAAAGUCCAUCAUUCCGGACAGCUCCAUCACAUUCAAGAACAACGGUGGUUACAAAGUCCCUCUGACCAACAGCUCUGCCGAUGCCGAAGCUGUGCAGCGAGCAUGGGACUUCAACGAAGGGUGGUUUGCGGACCCGGUCUACCUCACUGGAGAUUGGCCAUCGACUGUCAACGACCAUGUGUCUUCCUUCCUGCCUCCCUUUACAUCUCAACAGAAACAGUUGAUUCUUGGUUCCGCCGACUUCUUCGCCCAUGAUGCCUACACAGCUCAAUUCUACAUGGCUCCUGACGCAGGCAUUGAAUCUUGCGUAGCAAAUGCUAGCAAUCCUCUGUACCCGUCAUGUGCGAACAGCAGCUACACCUAUGGACCAGCUCAAGGUAGUUGGAUCAUUGGUCCUGCUGCCGAUUCUCACUCCCCUUGGCUACAUCGAGCUACCGACUGGUUCCCAGCAUUCAUGUCCUACAUCAACACCACUUGGCCAUCUCCACACAUUCAAAUCACAGAAUUUGGUUUUGCCGAGCCCUUCGAGUCUUCAAAGACGCUGUUACAAGAUAUACUCUGGGACCCCAUCCGAACAUCAUACUACCAUGACUACAUGGAGGCGAUUCUGAUAUCGUUGAGUGAAGGCAUCAAGAUUACUGCAGCUCUGGCGUGGAGUUUUGUGGACAAUCUUGAGUGGAACUCUGGCUUUAGUGUGAGGUUUGGAUUGCAAUAUGUCAACUUUACAGAUCCGGCUCUCGAGAGACACUACAAGGCUAGCUUCUUCGAGUAUACCAAUAUGUAUCAGACGUAUGUAGAAAAGUAGGAAAGGAGGUUCGGAUGGGAAAGCUUGUGGUGCAGGACACAAGAAGAUGCUCGUAAGCAGGAUCAUGAGCGAGUCGUAGC